AAAAAGAAAAAGAGGAAACCCUAAAUCAAACCUCUUAUGUAUCUUGGCCGUGGUGCAGUUGCAGGGUUUAGUGUGGUUCACACAGGACCGCGUAGAAGAAUCUAAUUCGCAUGCUUGCAACUCCAUCAACUAACAAAGGAAGCUCUACCCUCUUCGCUUUCACCCCUCGCCAAGUUCUGUUAAACAACCAAACCAUGAAGCAUAGCGUUGACAAUGGAACCCUUAACACGAAACAGGAACCAAAGCUUCUUCUUCACCAAUCCAUUGCCCAUUACUUGCAACGCAGUGGCUUCUCCAAGUCACUCAAAAAGUUUUGCUCCGAAGCGAAAAUCGAGAAAGAUGAUUUCGAGGGUUCGUUGGUUGACCUGGAGGAAAUGUGCCUAAAGUAUUUAGAAAUAUGUGGCAAAGAUGCUAAGUCAAAUGUCAAUGAUCAACACGAGCAAGGUGUGCAUGCCCAAGACAAAGAAGAGGGUAAAUCCAGGGAAAAGAAGAAAAAGAAGAGCAAAUUAGUGUCUGAAUCUCUUGCUAAUGAAAACAAUCAAUUGGUGUCAGGCACUACUGUUCCAGAAAAUAAAGUAAAGGAUGGUGUAUCUUCAGAUGCCAAAGUUAUUAAUGGUGCUGAGGCGGUGAAGAAAUCAAAGUCUAAAAUGAAAAAGAAAGACAAGUCAAGUAGUCAAGGGGAUGCAACAGAGCAGAUUGGAGAUCCGAAUGAAACUGUUUUAGAAAAGAAUCUUGAAGCAUCAAACAAUGGAAAGACACAUGAGGAGAAAAAGGAUUCUAAGAAAAGAAAAAGACCAAUUUCUGAAGAAAAUGGUCAACAUGUUGCUGAUAUAAAGGCAGAUGAAGAAACCAAACGCAGAAAAAUAGAAAAUUUGGAUGAGUCUAAAGGAGGAGAGAAGUCAGCAAAAACAGAGGCAAAUCUGGGAGGCGAUUCAAUUUCUAAUAAAGAAAAUAUUGUAGCAAGUGGUCAAGUUAAUGGUGAUCAGUUACAGAAGACAUCUAAGGGCCAAACCAAUGGGGACCUGGAGAAUGCUGGAGAGAAAUCCUCUGUACAGAGGUCUCAGAAGAAACAAAAGGGAUCAGGCGAGCAAAAACCAGUGAAGGCGGCAUUUCAGCGUGUACAAGUUGAAAAAGUAGAAUUUGCUGAUGAGAGGCUUCAGGAUAACUCUUAUUGGGCAAAGGGUGGUGCUGACAGUGGUUAUGGUGCAAAAGCAGAAGAAAUUCUUGGCCAAGUUAGAGGAAGGGAUUUUCGUCAUGAGAAGACCAAGAAGAAACGUGGGACCUAUCGGGGAGGACAGAUUGAUUUACAAUCCCACUCAAUAAAGUUCAAUUAUUCUGAUGAUGACUGACUAGGAAGCAUAUAAACCCCUCCCCCCUCCUUUUUUGGGUCAACGAAAUUUCCUUUCAAUGUUUGGUACUGGAGCACUAUGCUAAAGCUGGUGUUACCAUGAUAAUUUUGCUUGAUUAUGUUGUACUGAAACAACUUUUAUUCAUUUGGACAAAUUAUUUAAACAGUUUUACCAAACACCUUGUGCUGCCUAAUGUUACAUCUAGUGAAGCAAAGUACGUAGAUUCUGGUGUGGUAUGAUUUGCAAUGUUGCAGUGGAGAGACAUUAGCCGCUGGAUGCAUAAGCUAUAUUAAUUAGAUUUUGCUGAUUUGUCAUGAAGCUGUUAGCAAUUUGAAAGUAAAGGAUGCGUUAAUACGAUCCAAUGAGUGUCUCUGCUCUGGACUCUAUCUC